AUGGUUGUUUCAGAUGAAGAGUUUGCUGUUGAGGAACAGGUUCUGUUAAGUCGGCAGAUUAGUUCAGAUGUGGAAGUAGUCAGUGAAGGACAUGAAAAGCUAAUGUUUAACCCUCUCUGUGAAAAUACUUGUCAAAGUUUGUGUACCAAAUUAAAUAUAGAGCAUGAAAGUGUAAAUAGCUCUGCGUCUAGUCGUGUCGGUGAAUUAGGCGUUCCGUGCCAAAAUAGAGACAUAGUUGCUGAUGGUAGCUGCUAUUUUAGGGCCGUUUCUCAGGCAGUGAGUGGCACACAAAAGCAUCACAUCAAAAUUAGGAGAGCGGUUGUUAAAUAUUUAAUGAAAAAUGAUUUGAAAUAUCAAAGUAGUUUGAGAGAAGGUUAUUCCUCUGUGGCAGAUUAUGUAGACAAAUCAAAAAUGCGUUACGUUAGCAGCUGGGCGACAGAAUUAGAAAUACAAGCCACAGCAGAUUUAUUAGCUAUUAAUGUGUUUACAUUUAUUGGUGGUCGUUGGCUAAAGUAUGGAUGCAGUAGCAGUUGUGUGUCAGAAAAAUCCAUUUAUUUAGAAAACUGCCUUGGUAAUCAUUAUGAAACUGUAGUUUGCGUUAAAGAACCUAAACUAGAAAGUUGUUAUGAGUACUGUAAAGUAAAGUUUUCAGAAGCGUGUCGUACUAGAUUGUCAGGCAAAGAUUUAAUUAGAGAUGUUUCAUCCGAAAGUGACACAACAGUUAGCAAAAAUGAUAUAGAGCGCGGUUUAUGUAUUUCUAAAUAUAAUAAAGUAAUGAGAAGAACCCAAAUUAGGAAUAUAAAUAAAAGAAAAUAUGCAAUAGAUGCACAUCACCGCCAAAACCUGAAGGAGCAAAGGAAACUAAAAUAUGCACUAGAUGCGCGUCAUCGUGAAAAUGUGAAAGACCAAAGCAAAAUAAAAUAUGCAAAAGAUGCGCGUCACCGUGAAAAUGUUAAAGACCAAAGCAAAAUAAAAUAUGCAAUAGAUGCGCUUCACCGUGAAAAUGUUAAAGAUCAAAGCAAAGUAAAAUAUGCAAAUAGAUGCGCUUCACCGUGAAAAU